AUGAGAUACGACGGGCACAGCGAGGAGAACCUGGCAGCUAGGACGGACACCGCUGGCCAGAAGACGAUUCGUCCCUACUCGAAAGAGCAAGGCCGGGAGGACAGUGUCAGCGACAUUGUUGCGAAACUUCUUCCCAGUCAAGCUGCUCGCCAGGAGCGUUUCUAUACUCACAUCGUCGGAGUGGAGGUAUACAGAGGUGGGGGGAGGCUUCAGCUACCUGGCAGCGCGCGUGUCACCAGGCGAGAGGCCACCCGGCGGACGGCGAUACAUCCCUACAUUGUUGAGCAAGGCACGCCAGAGACGGAGAUGUCGACGACGGCAUGA